AUGAACGGAUCAUCAUCAUCAUCGCAAACACCAAAUAGUGCGAUUUACCAAGUAUUAAACAAUAAGCAAGCAAGCAAGAUUGUUUCCAAAGAGACAGGCACAUCAUCAUUAGGAAUCAAUAAUCCCAUAUUACAGAGAUAUCUUAACACGCCAGUCAAUUUCAUACCUGCAAAAUUUCAAGAAAAUAUCUUGGAUAAAAAGCAAUUACCUGCAUCGUAUAUUGUGUUGUCGAAAAAAGCCAAAGAUAGGGAGGAAACUAGUAUGAAAUUGAGAAAUCAUGAUGGGUUAUUAAGGAAUGAGCAUCCGACUGUUGGAGAGACAGGAAAGAAGGCGAGUCUAGAUAGACCAAAAUCUUUACAGGAGGCAGUUGCAUUAUAUAAGGGGAAUAAGUAUGAGAGUAAGAAAAGUAAGAAGCGGAAAAGGAAAUUGGACGAAAUGAGGGAGAACGAGGAGGGGGAGGAGCAAAACAAACAAGAAAUCAGUUUAAAGGAAAAGGAGCAAAACAAACAAGAAAUGAGUUUAGAGGAAAAGGAGCAAAACAAACAAGAAAUGAGUUUAGAGGAAAAGGUUCCAAGAGAUGGGGAACUUGGAGAAGGAACAGAUUCAACGUCAACUCAAGAACCGCCGCUUAAAAGAGCCAAGGAAAUGUUAUGGGGCUCAUUCAAAUCGUUAUUUCGGGGCACACCACCACAGAGUCAAGAGAAUGAUGAGGAAGAUAUAGGAGAAGAAUUUGCAAAAGAUGAGAAUAAAGAAGGGGAGAAGACAAAAAUUGAAUUUGGCUUUGCUUUACCUGAAGGUAAUGACGAUGUAGAGCUGUCGUCAGUGGGAGAAGUGUUUGAGGAGAAUUCUCCAUUUGCAGGGUUUAGUGAGGCGGAAAAAAGUGAAGAUAAUAAAGACAGGGAGGAAGAGAUGGAGGAAGAUGAAGAUGAAGAUGUAGACGGUGAUGAUGACGAAGAUGCAGAGUACGAAGAAGGCGACGAUGAUGAUGAUGACGAGGAGGAGGAGGAGGAGGAGGAGGAGGAGGAAGAGGAAGAAGAGGAAACACCAAAUGGACGAGCUCAGAUACGAGUCAAUGGAGAUAGUGUUAAUGAUGACGAGGACGACGAUGAGGAUAUGGACCUUGAUAAAUUAAAACACGAUUUGAAAGUAGAUGAACUUAUUAAUGGUGACAACACCCGCAGUUUCAGUGUUUCUAAUGCAAAUGAAAGAGCCAAUGAGGAAGAAGUGGAGGAAGAGGAAACUUGCACCAUUACAAAGGCCAGCUCUACGCCACCCACUUCACCCGAGGAUAGUACUGAAAACCUCGAUAAAUAUGCUUACUACAACAUCAAUGAGAAUCCUCUGGAUAGAGGUUCUAAUGGGUCUUCUAGAAUCUAUAAAAAUUGGAGACAACUAGCCAAAGAGAAACCACCAGUAGGAUUGUUAAAUAGAGGAGUUACAUGUUAUAUGAACUCAGCGAUCCAAUGUCUUAUACAUAUUCCUGCAGUACAACAUUAUCUAGAUGAGAUAAAUUCCGGUAAGUGUGCGAACCUCAAGCCGAGGUCAAUAAGUCAUGUUCUUGCUGAAUUGUCACGUAAAUUGUGGGCACCUAAAAACUCCAAAGCAUUGUACAUCAACCCUAAAAAGAUUAUUCUGAGACUCGAUGAGAUUAACUGUAUGAUGAGUGAAUGGCAACAGGAAGAUAGCCACGAAUAUUUCAUGAGUUUAAUGUCUCGAUUACAAGAGGAUUCGACACCCAAAGGUCACAAGUUGAAUGAGUCUAUAAUAUAUGAUAUAUUUGGGGGAUUAUUGAACCAAAAGAUUACAUGUUUACGAUGUGGUAAUAUCUCGUCAACAAAGCAAGAGUUUUACGAUUUAUCAUUAGGGUUAAAUAGACGGAAACAUGUCAAUAUUGCAAACGGUUCAGAAUCAGAAUCAACUAUUGCCGUCAGCAGCAGCAGUAGUAGUAGCAACAACAACAAUAAUAAUAACAACAGCAACCCCGGCACCACUGCCACCGCCAUCAUUACUACUACUACUGCUGCUGCUGCUGCUGCUCAUAAUAAUAAAUUUUCAAUUGAAAAAUCAAUAAAUGAUUUUUUCUCAAAUGAAAUAUUGAAAAAGACAGAAUCUGAUCAAAAAUCAGGUUAUUUUUGUGAUAAAUGUAAGAGGUUUACUCAUGCUAACAAAAUAUCAAGUAUAAUUACUGCGCCAGAGACGCUUACUAUUCAUCUCAAACGGUUUAAAUUCAAUGGUAACCAAUCAUCUAAGGUAAAACAAUCAAUAAACUACUCAAAAUACCUUGACUUGUCACGCUUCAUGGAUAGGGAGAAUGAUACAGCCAGAUAUAGAUUAAUAGCAGUGAUUGUUCAUGAAGGAAGACUGAUUUCUCUGGGACAUUAUAUCAUUCAUGUAUUACAGCCAAAUGGACAUACUUGGGCUACUUAUGAUGAUGAGUAUAUAAAUCCUAUCGAGGAAAGAAAAGCAUUGUCGGAUCCUAAUGCUUAUGUUUUGGUAUAUACGAAAUUGACUCCAAAAAAAAAUUAG